CACACACACACACUUGAAUCUGUACAAUGAAACCGGCGGACUUCGGGACCACACGGAUAGUGGGGAAGUCAGUCAUAUGACAUAAAGUGUUAAACUAAAAGAGAAGCGCUGUAUACAGCAUCAUACACACACACACAGUACAUGUUAUUUACAGGGGUUUUUAUAACAGAUAUGGCGCUACAGGCAAUUUGUGUGUGUGUGUUUAUCACUCCGGUAAUAAUCAGUGUCGCGGCCCAGCGCUCCUUCUCUGUAGACUACAGUGGUGAGUGUUUCCUGAAGGAUGGACGCUGUUUCCGCUACGUCUCUGGAAGUGUUCAUUACUCUCGAGUCCCGCGCUGCUACUGGAGAGACAGACUGCUCAAAAUGUACAUGAGCGGCCUGAACGCUAUUCAGGUCUACAUUCCCUGGAACUUCCAUGAGCCGGAGCAGGGUGUGUACAGCUUUGAGGGAGACCGAGAUGUAGAACAUUUCCUCCAUCUAGCUAAUGAAACGGGUCUGCUGGUGAUCCUGAGGCCCGGGCCCUACAUCUGCGCUGAGUGGGAGAUGGGAGGCCUGCCUGCAUGGCUGCUCCACAACCCUAACAUUAUCCUGCGUUCAGCAGAUUCAGAGUACAUGAAGGCUGUAGGUGAUUGGUUGGCAGUGCUGCUCAGUAAAAUGCGCCCCUGGCUCUAUCAGAACGGAGGGAACAUCAUCAGUGUGCAGGUGGAAAAUGAGUAUGGCAGUUACUUUGCAUGUGAUCAUAACUACAUGCGAGCUCUUCGGUUGUUGUUCCGGAACUUUCUCGGAGACGAUGUGGUUCUGUUCACCACUGACGGGAACACAGACAAGGAGCUGGUCUGUGGGAGCCUGCAAGGGCUGUAUGCUACAAUCGACUUCGGCACUGACACUAAUGUCACUGAUGCGUUUCUUCGCCAACGUAGAUUUGAGCCCAAAGGCCCUUUGGUGAACUCUGAGUUUUACACAGGUUGGCUAGAUCACUGGGGAGAGAAGCACGCCUCUGUCAGCACACAGAGUGUCAGUAAGAUGUUGAGAGAGAUGAUGAGCAGAGGCGCUAACGUUAACAUGUACAUGUUUGAAGGAGGGACAAAUUUUGGUUACUGGAACGGAGCGGAUCAUGAUACACGAUUCCGCCCUGUAGUGACGAGUUACGAUUACGAUGCUCCAUUAUCAGAAGCUGGAGAUCCGACUGACAAACUGCUGGCCAUUAGAGAAGUCAUUAAAGAUUUCCAUGAUGUUCCGGUUGGACCGAUACCUCCAGCUGUACCAAAGAUGGCAUACGGUUUUGUGAUGCUACAAAAGAUCAGUGAUGUUGGUGAGCUGCUGGACAUUUUAUCACCUCAGGGUCCGAUCACUUCUUUAAAGACACUAACAUUUGAGGAGGUCAAGCAUUAUUAUGGAUAUGUGCUGUAUCGGACACGACUGCCACGGAACCUUCCAGAUCAAACACCACUGAUCUCUCCACUGAACGGCAUCCACGACCGCGCCUACGUCUCUGUCAACGGGGUGUAUCUGGGUGUGAUGGAGAGAGACAUGAUGCUGGUGAUAAAUGUGACUGGGCGUAAGGGAGAUCUGUUGGACCUGUUAGUGGAGAACAUGGGCAGAGUGAACUUUGGCCCCAAAAUCAAUGACUACAAGGGCAUUCUGGGAAAUCUGAUCCUGGGUAACGACGUCCUCUCUGACUGGCUGAUUUUUACGUUGGAUAUUGAUGGAGUGAUAGCGCAUGGAUGGCCACAGUCAGGAUGGAGGUCAGAUGGGAUAGUGGAAGGAGAUACUGGACCUAGUUUUUAUUCUGGCACUUUAAAACCCAAUGGAGUCUCCAGAGACACCUUCAUCAAACUCAGCGGCUGGACCAAGGGUCAGGUGUUUAUUAAUGGAUUUAAUGUGGGCCGGUUUUGGUCCCAACGUGGUCCUCAGCACACGUUGUAUGUUCCUGCCUCAUUAAUCAGCGACUCCACAAUUAACAACAUUACUGUGCUGGAGCUGGAGCGAGCAGCCAAUCACAGACGAGUGGUGUUUACAGACCGCCCACAACUCGACAACAUGGCUGUGUGACACACACACACACACACACACACACACACACAUAAUAAUAAAAGAUACACACAAA